GUUAUUGGGCCAUGGCCUCUAAGCCACAUCCUCCUCUGAUGAAGAAACACAGUCAGUCAGAUCUGGUGAGCAGGCUGAAGACCAGGAAGAUACUGGGGGUCGGAGGAGAGGACGACGAUGGAGAGGUGCAUAGGUCAAAGGUCAGUAGUACGCGCACACACUAGAACAGGAAGGUACUGUGGGUCGUAGGAGAGGACUAGGAUGGAGAGGUGCAUAGGUCAAAGGUCAGUAUCAUUUAUUUCCCAAAUAUACAGAAAAGGUGUGCAUUUGCUCAUUCUUCAUCAUGGUGAAUGAAUCAUUGGCUUUGUGCAAGCAUUGACUGGAUAAAGAUUCUACCUUUGUUGAAUCCAUAAUAAGUAGCGUGCAUGUGGACAGAAUGGAGAUACUGCAUUCAUUGAUGAUUACCCAUGCAACAUGACAGCUCAAUCAAACUGGCACGCUAUUGUGAAGGUAAUCAUUCCUAAUUAACUAUUUGUUCAUUAAGAUAAUCUAUAGCGCUUUCACGUUUUAGGUAAUAUUGGUUUCUUGAUUACUUGCUUAUUGCAGCACAAUGCACUGAAUGAUUGCAUGCUCUCACUCUGUCUUUCAUAUUGCCUUGGCAAUCAAUCCAUUGUCCCAUCUCUGUAUUUGUUCUAUUCUGUUUACUGUCAUCCCCUAUCACAAUCCAUUGGCCCAUCUGUCUUUGUUCUAUUGUGUUUACUGUAAUCCUCUAUACAAUCCAAUGAAUGUGGAUCACUUAGAAAAGUACAGUAAUAUAUAUUUUCCUGCCUGCUGAGAUGCUUCAGCUCAGUCCUCUGAGAUCCUCUUUCUCUCCUCACUCUUCCCUUCCCCUCACGUUCCAUCUCUCUCCUCACCUCACGUUCCAUCUCUCUCCUCACUCUCUCCUCCCCUCACAUUCUCUCUCUCUCCUCACUCUUCCCAUCCCUCACGUUCCGUCUCUCUCCUCCUCUCACGUUCCCUCUCUCUCCUCACUCUUCCCAUCCCUCACAUUCCCUCUCUCCUCACUCUUCCCAUCCCUCACGUUCCCUCUCUCUCCUCACUCUUCCCAUCCCUCACGUUCCCUCUCUCUCCUCACUCUUCCCAUCCCUCACGUUCCCUCCCUCUCCUCACUCUUCCCAUCCCUCACAUUCCCUCUCUCUCCUCACUCUUCCCAUCCCUCACACAUGAUGCAUGCACACAUGCAUUCUCACAUGCCAGCCUACACACUUGAACACAUGAACACACCCACUGAUGUAACAUAUAAAAAGAAACAGAGGCUGUUUACACAGGCAGCCCAAUUCUGAAAAUUUGUAUUUUGCACAAUCUCUGAAAAAGAUCUGAUUUGAAAAGAUCUGAUGUGAUUGGUCACCAGAUUGAGCUGCCUGUGUAAACACCGACAGAGAUGCCCUUAUGGAUACGUUUAAGCACACAUUUGUUGGACUCAUAAGAACAGGAUGAUGCUUUUUUUUUAUUUCAUCAAAUAGCAUUAGACACACACCACAGUCUGAUCUCAGAGCUGAAAUACUAAUCACACACAAGGAGACCGAGCAGAGCAGGCUUUGUGUGUGUGUGUGUGUGUGUGUGUGUGUGUGUGUGUGGGGGGGGGGGGGGGGGGUAGGUAAAGGUUAGCCCCAUCCACAUCUUUCUCUCUCCCGCUCUCAUCCCUCCCUGCCUCCUGAGUGUAAAUGCUUUGGUAAGUAGGCAACUCCCCAGUGUUAAGGUUUUAGCAGGGAUGGAGCUGAGGACAUCUGCCACUGUGAUCCGUCUGUCUUAAGUCUUUGACACAGAGGCUUAGUGAGAGAGACAGAUAUUAGAGAUGCACAAAACGGUCACUCAGUUCUCCUGGAGAUGCACAAAACAGUCACUCAGUUCUCCUGGAGAUGCACAACACAGUCACUCAGUUCUCCUGGAGAUGCACAACACAGUCACUCAGUUCUCCUGGAGAUGCACAACACAGUCACUCAGUUCUCCUGGAGAUGCACAACACAGUCACUCAGUUCUCCUGGAGAUGCACAACACAGUCACUCAGUUCUCCUGGAGAUGCACAACACAGUCACUCAGUUCUCCUGGAGAUGCACAACACAGUCACUCAGUUCUCCUGGAGAUGCACAACACAGUCACUCAGUUCUCCUGGAGAUGCACAACACAGUCACUCAGUUCUCCUGGAGAUGCACAACACAGUCACUCAGUUCUCCUGGAGAUGCACAACACAGUCACUCAGUUCUCCUGGAGAUGCACAACACAGUCACUCAGUUCUCCUGGAGAUGCACAACAGUCACUCAGUUCUCCUGGAGAUGCACAACACAGUCACUCAGUUCUCCUGGAGAUGCACAACACAGUCACUCAGUUCUCCUGGAGAUGCACAACACAGUCACUCAGUUCUCCUGGAGAUGCACAACACAGUCACUCAGUUCUCCUGGAGAUGCACAACACAGUCACUCAGUUCUCCUGGAGAUGCACAACACAGUCACUCAGUUCUCCUGGAGAUGCACAACACAGUCCCCUACCUGUCCCAGACCUGCUGUUUUCAACUCUUAAUGAUCGGCUAUGAAAAGCCAACUGAGAUUUAUUCCUGAUUAUUAUUUGACCAUGCUUGUCACUUAUGAACAUUUUUGAACAUCUUGGCAUGGCUCUGUUAUAAUCUCCACCCGGCACAGCCAGAAGAGGACUGGCCACCCCUCAUAGCCUGGUUCCUCUCUAGGUUUCUUCCUAGGUUUUGGCCUUUCUAGGGAGUUUUUCCUAGCCACCGUGCUUCUACACCUGCAUUACUAGCUGUUUGGGGUUUUAGGCUGGGUUUCUGUACAGCACUUCGAGAUAUUAGCUGAUGUACGAAGGGCUAUAUAAAAUAAAAUUGAUUGAUUGAUUGAGUCACUCAGUUCUCCUGGAGAUGCACAACACAGUCACUCAGUUCUCCUGGAGAUGCACAACACAGUCACUCAGUUCUCCUGGAGAUGCACAACACAGUCACUCAGUUCUCCUGGAGAUGCACAACACAGUCACUCAGUUCUCCUGGAGAUGCACAACACAGUCACUCAGUUCUCCUGGAGAUGCACAACACGGUCACUCAGUUCUCCUGGAGAUAGAGGGGAAACAUAUACAUUCAUAGUCACUCUCUCUCUCUCCACUAUGACAUACUGUAGAAUAAUGCAGAUGUUCUUAACUAGCUGUUUAGUCUCUGUUCUUAACAAUCAAUGAAAUGUAUUUAUAAAGCCCUCUUUUUUUUUACAUCAGCAGAUGUCACAAAGUGCUAUACAGAAACCCAGCCUAACUGCUUGUACAGAAACCCAGCCUAAAACAAGUUGUUUAGUCCUCUGUUCUUAACUAGUUGUUUAGUCUCUAACCCAGGGGGCUUAGUGAUGGAGGCACAUAUGGGAGUUGCACCUACAGCCACAGUCACUCACCCAUACUAUAGAGUAGUGGUCCUGGCUAAGUCUUCUGUCUGACUGUCGUCUUGUCUGUCGUCAUGGAUACAGAAAUGGCCUUGGCUUUUCUGGGUCGGUGGUAUUGACUGUCUGACUGUGACCGAGUGGAAAUCAUGCCCAUGAACACGACAUAAACUCACGACCCUCAGCACGUAACACAAAGUACUUGAGAAGCACCGUCAAUACCACCCGACCCAGAAAAGCCAAGGCCGUUUCUGUAUCCAUGACGACAGUACUUGUAGGUCUCAGGAAGCGAAGCACUUAGCUAUCCUCUACAUAGACACAAGGGAGACAUGUAGGCCUACUGCAGAUACAUGUAAUGUACAUCUUCUGGCCUUUAUGUAGUGUCCCUGGUUGAGUCUCUGCAUGUUUCACACAGGUCACUGUUUCCUUCUCCCUAUUUUAAAUAGUCACAGAUUUGACAAAGAACUAUUCCAUCACUUUAUUCACACCCCAUCCUCAGUUUUCUCCUGUCACAGCCAUUAAACUCCGUUAACUGUUUCAAAGUCACCAUUGGCCCCGUGGUGAAAUCCCUGAGCGGUUUCCUUCCUCUCCGGCAACUGAGUUAGGAACGGUGCCUGUAUCUUUUGUAGUGACUGGGUGUAUUGAUACGCCAUCCAAAGUGUAAUUAAUAACUUCACCAUGCUCAAAGGGAUGUUCAAUGUCUGCUACCAAUAGCUGCCCUUCUUUUGGGAGGCAUUGGAAAACCUCCCUGGUCUUUUGUGGUUGAAUCUGUGUUUGAAACUCACUGCUCAACUGAGGGACCUUACAAUUAUCUGUAUGUGUGGGGUACAGAGAUGAGGUAGUAAAAAUCAUGUUAAACACUAUUAUUGAACACAGAGUGAGUCCGUGCAACUUAUGUGACGUGUUAAGCACAUUUUUACUCCUGAACUUAUUUUGGCUUGCCCUAACAAAGGGGUUGACUAAAGAAAUGUAUUUUCAUUUGUAAUUAUUAAUAAAAAAAUUAAGAAAAAAAUCCACUUUGACGUUAUGGGGUAGGCCAGUGACAAAAAAAAAUCUCAAUUUAAUCAAUUUUUAAUUCGGGCUGUAAUACAACAAAAUGUGGAAAAGGUCAAAGGGCGUGAAUACUUUCUGAAGGUACUUACACAUACAGUGGGUGAAACAGUAUGUAAACAUUAUUAAAGUGACCAGUGUUCAAUGACUGUGUACACUGCAUCUGGAAAGUAUUCAGACCCCUUGAUUUUUUCCAAAUUGUUGUUAUGUUACAGCCUUAUUCUAAAAUAGAUUACAUUGUCGUCGUCCCCGCCCCCUCAUUAAUCUACACACAAUACCUCAUCAUGACAAAGCAAAAACAGGUUUUUAGACAUUUUUUGCAAAUUUAUUAAACAUAAAAAACGGAAAUCACCUUUACAUACACUACCGUUCAAAAGCUUGGGGUCACUUAGAAAUGUCCUUGUUUCCAAAAGAAAAGCAAUUUUUUUGUCCAUUAAAAUAACAACAAAUUGAUCAGAAAUACAGUGUAGACAUUGUUAAUGUUGUAAAUGGCUAUUGUAGCUGGAAACGGCUGAUAAUAAAAAAAAUGGAAUAUCUACAUAGGCGUACAGAGGCCCAUUAUCAGCAACAAUCAGUCCUGUGUUCCAAUGCCACGUUGUGUUUGCUAAUCCAAGUUUUUAAUUUUAAAAGGCUAAUUGAUCAUUAGAAAACCCUUUUUGCAACUAUGUUAGCACAGCUGAAAACUGUUGUGCUGAUUUUAAAGAAGCAAUAAAACUGGUCUUCUUGAGACUAGUUGUGUAUCUGGAGCAUCAGCAAUUGUGGGUUCGAUUACAGGCUGAAAAUGGCAAGAAACAAAUAACUUUCUUCUGAAACUCGUCAGUCUAUUCUGGUUCUGAGAAAUGAAGGCUAUUCCAUGCGAGAAAUUGGCAAGAAACUGAAGAUCUGUGUACUACUCCCUUAACAGAACAGCGCAAACUGGCUCUAACCAGCAUAGUAAGAGGAGUGGGAGGCCCCGGUGCACAACUGAGCAAGAGGACAAAUACAUUAGUGUCUAGUUUGAGAAACAGGCGCCUCACGGGUCCUCAACUGGCAGCUUCAUUAAAUAGUACCCGCAAAACACCCGUCUCAACGUCAACAGUGAAGAGGCGACUCCGGGAUGUUGACCUUCUAGGCAGAGAUGCAAAGAAAAAGCCAUAUCUCAGACUGGCCAAUAAAAAUAAAAGAUAAAAAAAUAAAAGAUUAAGACCCACAAUUGCCGUAUGGAUGACGGAUCACCACCUCAAGCUGAACCCUGGCAAGACGGAGCUGCUCUUCCUCCCGGGGAAGUACUGCCCGUUCCAUGAUCUCGCCAUCACGGUUGACAACUCCCGCUGUGUCCUCCUCCCAGAGUGCGAAGAGCCUAGGCGUGACCCUGGACAACACCCUGUCGUUUCUCCGCCAACAUCAAGGCGGUGACCCGCUCCUGCAGGUUCAUGCUCGACAACAUUCGGAGAGUACGACCCUGCCUUACACAGGAAGCGGCACAGGUCCUAAUCCAGGCACUUGUCCAUCUCCCGUCUGGACUACUGCAACUCGCUGUUGGCUGGCCUCCCUGCCUGUGCCAUUAAACCCCUGACAACUCAUCCAGAAUGGCCGCAGCCCGUCUGGUGUUCAACCUUCCCAAGUUCUCUCACGUCACCCCCCCUCCUCCGCACACUCCACUGGCUUCCAGUUGAAGCUCGCAUCCGCUACAAGACCAUCGUGCUUGCCUAUGGAGCAGUGAGGGGAACGGCACCUCUGUACCUUCGGGCUCUGAUCAGUCCCUACACCCAACGAGGGCAUUGCGUUCAAUCCACCUCUGGCCUGCUGGCUCCCCUUCCUCUGGCGGAAGCAUAGCUCGCCGCUCAGUCCAUUCAAAACUGUUCGCUGCUCUGCACCCCAAUGGUGGAACCAGCUCCCUCACGACGCCAGGACAAGCGGAGUCACUCACCACCUUCCGGAGACAUUUGAAAAACCCCACCUCUUUAAGGAAUACCUGGGAUAGGAUAAAGUAUUCCUUCUAACCCCCCCCCCCCCCCCCAACAUUGUAAAGUGGUUAUCCCACUGGCUAUAGGGUGAACGCAAACCAAUUUGUGAGUCGCUCUGGCUAAGAGCGUCUGCUAAAUGAACGUUAAUGUGCCCUUGAGCAAGGCACUUAACCCUAAUUGCUCCUGUAAGUCGCUCUGGAGUAGAGAGGUCUGCUAAAUGACUAAAAUGUAAAAUGUAAAUGUAAGAUGGGCAAAAGAACACAGACACUGGAUUUUUCGUUUGCAACUCUGCCUGUGUCAGCAUCCCGGAGUCGCCUCUUCACUGUUGACGUUGAGACUGGUGUUUUGCGGGUACUAUUUAAUGAAGCUGCCAGUUGAGGACCUGUGAGGCAUCUGUUUCUCAAACUAGACACUCUAAUGUGUUUGUCAAUUAGCCUUUUAAAAUUAUAAACUUGGAUUAGCAAACACAACGUGCCAUUGGAUUACAGCCUCAAGUCUUCUUGGGUAUGACGCUGCAAGCUUGGCACACCUGUAUUUGGGGAGUUUCUCCCAUUCUUCUCUGCAGAUCCUCUCAAGCUCUGUCAGGUUGGAUGGAGAGCGUUGCUGCACAGCUAUUUUCAGGUCUAUCCAGAGAUGUUCGAUCGGGUUCAAAUCAAGGACAUUCAGAGACUUGUCCCGAAGCCACUCCUGUGUUGUCUUGGCUGCGUGCUUAGGGUCGUUGUCCUGUUGGAAGGUGAACCUUCGCCCCAGUCUGAUGUCCUGAGCGCUCUGGAGCAGGUUUUCAUCAAGGAUCUCUCUGUACUUUGCUCUAUUCAUCUUUCCCUCGAUCCUGACUAGUCUCCCAGUCCCUGCCGCUGAAAAACAUCCCACAGCAUGAUGCUGCCACCACCAUGCUUCACCGUAGGGAUGGUGCCAGCAUAGCCUCAAGGUAAGGAGGGGCAGUUCCUCUUACUGCUCCGUAGGCAAGUACCAUGGUCUUGUAAUGAAUGCGAGCUUCGACUAGAAGCCAGUGUAGUGUGCGGAGGAGCGGGCUGAUUAUCAGCUAAUACAGUAUAAUAAUGUCACUUAUAAGAAAUAAUUAGUUCCUGAAGGCAAUUUUCUGCUCAUCUGCAGCGUUAAUUUUCCAACUCCCCUGAGGAGAAAAUUAAAUGUUAUUGGAAUUACAAGUAAUUGCUUUAUCUAUUGAAUGGCAAACACAAAAAUAUGAAAUGGUGUUGUUUUUGUUUCAGUUGAGUUGCCAUAAGUACCUCAUCAGACUCAGCUCAGACAACAAUACCGCUGGGAGAUCACAAUCAUAUUAGAAAAAGAGAGCGGGAGGUUGGUGUGGAGGGAAGUUUCGUCUCAGGACAUACGCACACCGACACACACCAACACAUCCAAACGAACACACACACACACACUUCGUCCCUGUAAACAAAGGAAGGAAAUCGUCCGGCUGUUACCCGCUGCCUUUCUGUUUUCCUGCCCUUCCGUGUUCUUUUAACAAACAAUUACUUGUGUCAGGGAUUGUCCUCAGGCCUUUAGCCACAUCUAGCCUGCUGUAGCACUCUCACUGAAGCCUUUGGUGCUUGGAGGGAAUACUGUGCAAUGGUUCUAGCAUGAAGACCGAUACAGGAGGAUGUAAGUGUAGGCUACUGACUUGAUCAGAAUGAACUGAACAAUGAUAUGUCAUUACAACUGGGGUUGUAUUAGGAUGGUCGUUAUCAAGUUCAUCUGUAUGUUUGCCAAGGCUGGGAGAUGAGGAGCCGUGAAUGAGAGUAGUAAUGGCACAGAGAGAGCUCAAGGGCUGUGGAUGUCAUAUUUAUUAUUAUUUAAACUCAAUCUGUCUGAAAGCAGCCUGGCUUUGUCUCUGAGUGAUUGAUGCCAAAGCUAGACAAUAACAGUUUGGAUUACCGUAUGCUCCUCUCUCCCCACAUUACCGUAUGCUCCCCCCCCCCCCCACACACUCUUCUCCCCCCCUCCCCCCUCUUCUUUCUCCUCCCUCCUCUUCUUUCUCCUCCCUCCUCUUCUUUCUCCCUCCUCCUCUUCUUUCUCCAUCUCCUCUUCUUCCUCCCCCAUCCUCCCCUCUCCCCCUCUUCUUUCUCCCCCCCUCCUCUUCUUUCUCCCCCAUCCUCCCCUCCCCCCCACUCCUCUUUCUCCUCCUCUCCCCCUCUUCUUUCUCCCCCCUCCUCUUCUUUCUCCCCCCCCCCCCCACUCCUCUUUCUUCUCCUCCCCCUCCUCAGCUAAGUCCUAUGCCAGCGAUUUGAGUUUUUACUCUUGUUAUAUAUUUCUCAAGCAAGUUAUCAAGUCAUCCUGUUAGAUAACAACACAGGUAACACUGAGGCUCCUGUCAAGGUGAGGAUUCUGGUGUGCAGCCAGGCCUACCUCCUGUCUUAAAGAUAUUCUCCGGUACUUUUCUAUUAUUUUUAGCCGGUAGGUCUGAAAGUAGUGCUCACAAGCCAAAAGUGGUCCCCGAAAAUUGCGUACUACGUCACGCGUGUGCAGAUAUGUGCACCACGUCAUUGCUCUCGCUCUGCUGUGUGUGCAUCUUGCUAGCUAUCACUCAAAUGGCGAGGGGCUGACGCUCAUUGGCUAAAACUUGAAUUGCUAGGGGGCUGACCCAUUUGGGGGAAAAUGGAGGGGAAAUGGCGCAGCACAGCUUCCAGAAAAGCAGUCGUUUUCAAACUAUGGAUUUCGUGGCUCAUUGCGGUAAGACCGUAAUUCUGCUCAUAGAUUAUGCAUGUAUGAACUACACAGUGACGUAUCCAGGGAGUGGGGAGGUUUAAAAAAAAAAAUAGUCGCCAAAGUUCCAGAGCAUGUCUUUUAAAAGUUUUACCAGCUCAGUCAGGUUAAGACCAGUGAUUUUCCAAAAGUUGUCACAGACAGAGCCAGCCAGGCAGGGGAAAGGCUUCAGUUUCACUAGACAGUGAAAUACAGUGGUCUGGGUUGGCUGGAGCGUGGAGACUAGGGCUGUCUGUACACACAGGCUCAUACAGUGGUCUGGGUUGGCUGGAGCGUGGAGACUAGGGCUGUCUGUACACACAGGCUCUUUUAUCUUUCCCUUUCCGCUGCAAUUUAGACUCCUUAUUUUUCCCAUUUCCUCCCUCUAUUAUUUAGUGAUUUGGACAUCAUCAACAUCUCAAAAUAGACGGCCAUAAAGCUACUUAGGCCUUCUCUUCUCCAUUAGAUUGUGUGUGUGUGUGUGUGUGUGUGUGUGGUGUGUUUGUGCCUUGAGGUCUAUUCUCAUUGAUGAGAAUUUCGAGAGAUUCUGGAGAGGUAUCGAUUCUCGAGAGACAUUACUGUAAUGUAAACUUGCGUAAUUCUCACAACGCUACCUCCCGAGGUAGUGCGCGACACGUGCCCGACAGUUGCCCCCCCUCUAAGAAGGGCAGUGUAAACAGAAUCGGUCUCUUUGAGCCCAACAUUCAUACCAUAAAAAUACUAAUAGCAGAGCGAUUUUGUUUUUUAAACAGCUGAAAUGUAUUGAUAAUUUAAUUAUAUUUGAGACGACAUGUUUUAUUGAAUUUUCACCUGAAAUUGCGAGAAGGGUGUGAUUGCGGACCGGUGUGAUUGCGGACCGGUGUGAUUGCGGACCGCAAUUCAGGGCAUUCCUUUAAUCCCAGCCCCCCUCCCCACAGGAGGCCUUUUGCUUCUUGCCAGGCCGUCAUUGUAAAUAAGAGUUUGUUCUUAACUGCCUUGCAUGGUUAAAUAAAGGCAAAAAUAUAUAUUUUAACAAAUAAUGGGCAUUUCUGCAUCUGCAGGAACUCCUUUUCAUACUUCUAUUGGUCCAUAUUUAAGUUAGGACUCUGGUAAACAGGCGGGAGGUGGGGGCGACCAGUAGGUAAUGGAUGCCAACCGCCGAUUAACCCCACAGAAGAAGAAGGGGCGGGGGCAACACCGCUAGCUAGCUAGGACAUCGGUAGACCAUGUCCUUUGCCCCUGCCUGCCGAGCACUGCUUUCCCACAGUUCUGUUAACGUUACCGCGAGGGCAGGUGCUCGGCAGGCACGGGCGAAGGACACUGUGUACUAGCUAGCUAGGACUCGGGUACACAGGUGGGAGGCUAGCUAGCUAGAACACCAGUAGACAGUCUUUUUCCGCCCCUGCCUGCCGAGCACUGCUUUCCUGCAGUUCUGUUAGCAUUACUGCAAGGGCAGGUGAUCGGCAGGCACGGGUGAAGGACACUGGGUAACUAGCUAGGAUUCCGUUACAUAGGCGGGAGGCGGGGGCAACACCAGUAGCUAGCUAGGACACCGGUAGACAGUGUCCUUCGCCCCCGCCUGCCGAGCACUGCUUUCCCGCAGUUCUGUUAACGUUACGGCGAGGGCGUCUUUAUUUAUUACAUCCUCCCAGCUUUGAUAAAGAGAUGUGAGAGAGAGGUGGGGUGGUUGGUACAGUGGGGGGAAAAAAAUAUUUAGUCAGCCACCAAUUGUGCAAGUUCUCCCACUUAAAAAGAUGAGAGAGGCCUGUAAUUUUCAUCAUAGGUACACGUCAACUAUGACCGACAAAAUGAGAAAACAUUUUCCAGAAAAUCACAUUGUAGGAUUUUUAAUGAAUUUAUUUGCAAAUUAUGGUGGAAAAUAAGUAUUUGGUCAAUAACAAAAGUUUCUCAAUACUUUGUUAUAUACCCUUUGUUGGCAAUGACACAGGUCAAACGUUUUCUGUAAGUCUUCACAAGGUUUUCACACACUGUUGCUGGUAUUUUGGCCCAUUCCUCCAUGUAGAUCUCCUCUAGAGCAUUGAUGUUUUGGGGCUGUUGCUGGGCAACACAGACUUUCAACUCCCUCCAAAGAUUUUCUAUGGGGUUGAGAUCUGGAGACUGGCUAGGCCACUCCAGGACCUUGAAAUGCUUCUUACGAAGCCACUCCUUCAUUGCCCGGGCGGUGGGUUUGGGAUCAUUGUCAUGCUGAAAGACCCAGCCACGUUUCAUCUUCAAUGCCCUUGCUGAUGGAAGGAGGUUUUCACUCAAAAUCUCACGAUACAUGGCCCCAUUCAUUCUUUCCUUUACACGGAUCAGUCGUCCUGGUCCCUUUGCAGAAAAACAGCCCCAAAGCAUGAUGUUUCCACCCCCAUGCUUCACAGUAGGUAUGGUGUUCUUUGGAUGCAACUCAGCAUUCUUUGUCCUCCAAACACGACGAGUUGAGUUUUUACCAAAAAGUUAUAUUUUGGUUUCAUCUGACCAUAUGACAUUCUCCCAAUCCUCUUCUGGAUCAUCCAAAUGCACUCUAGCAAACUUCAGACGGGCCUGGACAUGUACUGGCUUAAGCAGUGGGGACACGUCUGGCACUGCAGGAUUUGAGUCCCUGGUGGCGUAGUGUGUUACUGAUGGUAGGCUUUGUUACUUUGGUCCCAGCUCUCUGCAGGUCAUUCACUAGGUCCCCCCGUGUGGUUCUGGGAUUUUUGCUCACCGUUCUUGUGAUCAUUUUGACCCCACAGGGUGAGAUCGCCCCAGAUCGAGGGAGAUUAUCAGUGGUCUAGUAUGUCUUCCAUUUCCUAAUAAUUGCUCCGACAGUUGAUUUCUUCAAACCAAGCUGCUUACCUAUUGCAGAUUGUCUUCCCAGCCUGGUGCAGGUCUACAAUUUUGUUUCUGGUGUCCUUUGACAGCUCUUUGGUCUUGGCCAUAGUGGAGUUUGGAGUGUGACUGUUUGAGGUUGUGGACAGGUGUCUUUUAUACUGAUAACAAGUUCAAACAGGUGCCAUUAAUACAGGUAACGAGUGGAGGACAUAGGAGCCUCUUAAAGAAGUUACAGGUCUGUGAGAGCCAGAAAUCUUGCUUGUUUGUAGGUGACCAAAUACUUAUUUUCCACCAUAAUUUGCAAAUAAAUUCAUUAAAAAUCCUACAAUGUGAUUUUCUGGAUUUUCUUUUCUCAAUUUGUCUGUCAUAGUUGACGUGUACCUAUGAUGAAAAUUACAGGCCUCUCAUCUUUUUAAGUGGGAGAACUUGCACAAUUGGUGGCUGACUAAAUACUUUUUUUCCCCACUGUAUAUCUGUUAUCUGCUAUUCAACGCAUUAACAGAUUACACAUACAUUUUAAGCUAAAACAUUGCACAUUAAUUAUACUGCAAUAAUGACAUAGCCUAAACGAAAAACUCAGAUUUUAUACUUUUAUUUCCCUUUUGACCCACAUUUUAAUGGCAUAGACAAUCAGGGGAAAUACAGAAUAUUAAGUGUCACUUAAACACAAGCCACAUGCAGGACCCAAUCUCAAACCAAUGGAUGCACAUGUAGGAACGCCCCAAAUUGCGGGGCGCAAUCACAAACACUUGGAAAUUGCAGUAACAGCCUGUUACAUUCUGAAAUUGUCAUCGUAGCUUUAAGAAAGGGAAGCUCAUGUUUGAUAUGCUGUGUUUUGCAAGCUACAUUUAAUGAGUGUACGAAUGAGAAAAUAAACCCUUUAAUUGUUGCAUUAUUCAAGAGUGUAGCUAAUAUGUUUUGGAGGAAAAGUUGCUCGCGUUGUUUGAAUAGUUUGCAAGCUUACUAGUCAGUGGUUACUGUGAUACUGAUAUUUACGGUACAUUUGGAGCUAAAGAGCAAGAAUGUUGCCAUGUUGCCAGCCACAACAAAAGCUAAGGCAAGGAUGUAAUGUAAAUUGAAAAGUUUAUAUACAUAUUAUGUAAAUGAAAUCUCGUCGCUCUGCCUCUUCUGCUUGUCAAUGAGAAUGAUCUCUUAGGUUCUGCCUCCACUGGGGUUCUGAUGGUGGGGAGUCUGGGUACCAAGUGCUCUGACGGGUUUCUCUGCUUGGAGCCAUCUCCAGGCUCUAUACAGGCCUUGGGCAACCAUAUUAAAUGUUAAUGUCAUUAUUUUAUGCAGACAGUUAAAGGUCGCCAUGUGUGCUGUGACCUUCUCCCAUGAUGCCCCCUGUCUAGAUCCAGGUAUUACAUACAUUAAGUGCCUAGGCGGAUGCAUCUCAGUUGUACUUUCCUUGAUUCCUUGGCGUUGCACACGCCUCUCUCAUUGCCGCCUUCUAGAAAAUGAGUUGUAGGAGAAUGUGUGAUGGGAAGAACCUUGUACCAUCUCCUCCUAUGUGUUUUGAGAAGGCGAGGAGUGGAUGCAAGGAAUCAAUGAAAUGAAGGUUCACCCAUAGAGUGGUAGGUAAGUGGAUGGAGCAAAAGGCUGUUGAUAAAUUAGGUCUGUUAUUUCAGACAAAAAUCAAUAUGCCCAAAGGGGAACAGGACAGAAGCUGUGAGGUGAUGUUACCCAUUUGAACUUGAAGGGUUUGAGGUUGUCAGGACAAUGAAAAAUAAACUGAAGCUGCGAACUGCCCAGAACAGAACAGGGUUCACUGGUGAUGGUCUCUGUCUGAGUCUCUAAUACUCUCACUCGGCAAUCAGAAAUGUACAGUGCAACCCCAACAGUUAAAUAAACAUAAAUAAACAUACAUACUGUACAUCUGUCUGAGUCUCUAAUUCUCUCUCUGUCUCUGUCUCUGUCUUUCUCUGUCUGUCUGUCUCUGUCUGUCUCUGCCUGUCUCUGUCUAGAAUGCUCUCAAUUCAAAGGGCUUUAUUGUCAUGGGAAACAUAAGUUUACGUUGCCAAAGUAAGUUAAAUGGAUAAACAAAAGUGAAAUAAACUAAAAGUGAACAGUAAAUAUUAGUUCCAAAAGAAUAACAACAUUUCAAAUGUCAUAUUAUGGCUAUGUACAGUGUUAUAACGAUGUGCAAAUAGUUAAAGUACAGAAGGGAAAAUAAAGGAACAUAAUGGGUUGAUCGCACAAACAGACCGUACACUCAGGCUAAACCCUGGUGAAAUAUGAUCUACGCCGGUGGAUAAUAAACCUGGGAUGAAUCAAUGUGGAUGUUUUAGGUUGCAGAACGCAGAGAGCAAUCGGACGUUGACUUUUUAACCAGACAGACCCAUGGAACAGUAAAGGGUCAAAGAGCCUUUUUAGGCCUUAGAUAGCACACUGGUAUUUCACCCAAUAGAUAUGGUAGUUUAUCGAAAUUGGAUUUGUUUUGGAAUCUGAAGGAAAUGUGUGUCUCUAAUAUGGUCAUACAUUUGGCAGGUCUGCCUACGAAAUGAAGGCAGGUCUGCCUCUCUCAACAGCAAGGCUAUGCUCACUGAGGCUCUCUCUCUCUCUCACUGGAUAAGCAGCAGUGGGCUGCAGAGAAGCUCUCGACCAUAAAGGGCAAUAGGUUCUAUAAUUGAUUCAAGUAUUUUUUUUAGCCAGAUCCUAAUUGGUAUGUCGAAUUUUAUGAUCCAUUUGAUGGUCUCGCUCUCUCGCUCUCUCUCUCUCCAGUUCAUCAUCUGUUUCUGACUAUGAAGAAUGUUUUUUUUUUUUUUUUACACUAACACAAUGUGAAGUAAGAUCUACUUUUAACAUCAAAUAAGCAAAUUUUUUUGGUAUACACUAUCCAUACAUUAGCCUUCGAUGAGGUGAGAGAGGGAGAGAGAGAGUUGACAUUUUCUUAUGGUUUAGGUUAUGACGGGGUGACUGGGCCACAACACAUCCACGGCUAAUGUAAGGAUAAUAAAAACAGAGAAUUUGCAGAUCUGAGGUCAAAGAAGAUAUGACUUAUGUUUCUAAUCUAAAAAGGCUCUUUUGACCUUUUUUUACUGUUCCGUGGGUCUGUCUGGUUAAAAAAGUCAACGUCCGAUUGCUCUCUGCAUUCUGCAACCUAAACAUCCACAACGAUUCAUCCCAGGAUUAUUAUCCACCGGCGUAGAUCAUAUUUCUCCAGGUUUAGCCUGAGUACCCGGUCUGUUUGUGCGAUCAUCCCAACUCCUUUUCACCUAGUAAUUCCUUCUAGAUCUGGAGUGUGAAGGACUGAUAAGAUCUAGGUGAAUGGAAUGGACUGCGGAGGACUUCAACUAAUUCUGUACACACACACACACACACACACACACACACACACACACACACACACACACACACACUGUACACAUACACACACACCUAAUUAUUUGGCUUUGUUUUCUAUUGGUGUUGUGUUGCUCUCUGGUGCUUUCUGUAGGCCCGUUUGGUUUUUUGUUUUCUCACUCUUUCUCUCUCUCUCUCUCUCUCUCUCACUUUCUCUCCUUCAGUCAUAAGCUGCAGGAGUUUCUCAAAUAGACCAACACAAACAAACCCAGAUGGAACUGAGGUCUGAACACACCUUCUGAACACACCUUCUGAACACACCUUCUCACCUUCAAACAAUACAUCCCAAUGAGGCCAUACCAAGUCUCUGUUCCAAAUGGCACCCUAUUCACUACAUAGUGCACUACUUUUGACCAGAUCCCUAUAGGUAGUGGUCUAAAGUAGUGCACUAUAAAGAGAAUAGGGUUCUAUUAGGGACAGACCCAAGAUCAGGGGCCUUCAUUCUACUGAAACACUACUUGCCUUGAUAACUUGGUCACAACAUUUUAAAUUAGGUUUUGUCUUUUGGCUUGGCGCUAAACUAUUAAACGGCCGUGCGGGACUCAAAUAAAAUAAAAUAAAAUAAAAUAAAAUAAAGCCGACUACAACUGGUGAAAUGCUUGCUUACGAUGCAGUUUAAAAAUAAAAUGGUAACACGAGGAAUAAAAUAAGAUACACAAGAAUGGAGCUAUAUACACUGAGUGUACAAAACAUUAGGAACACCCCCCAAACCAUAACGCUUUUGCUUUCAGAACAGCCUCAAUUCGUCUGGGCAUGGACUACAAGGUGUCGAAAGCGUUCCACAGCAAUGCUGGCCCAUGUUAACUCCAAUCCUUCCCACAUCUGUGUCAAGUUGGCUGGAUGUCCUUUGGGUGUUGGGCCAUUUAUUGAUACACACAGGGAAACUGUUGAGCGUGAAAAACCCAGCAGCGUUGCAGUUCUUCACACAAACCUUGCGCCUGGCACCUACUACCAUACCCCGUUCAAAGGCACUUUAAAUAUUUUGUCUUGCCCAUUCACCCUCUGAAUGGCACACAUACACAAUCCAUGUCUCAAGGCUUAAACAUCCCUUCUUUAACCUGUCUCCUCUUCAUCUACACUGAUUCACAUCAAUACGGUAUCAUAGCUUUCACCAGGUCCGUCAUGGGAGUACUAGUAUCAGAUAGAUCAAUGUGCAGUGGAUUUCAGGUAGUUACUGUAUGUACAUGAAGGCAGCGUAAAGAAGGCAGGACUCAGUCUUUUAAGGUGUGUGUGUGUGUGUGUCUCUCUCCUGGCUGCAGGAGAUUGAAAUGGCCUUGAGGCGAGCUGGAGGAAAUUCACUGACGGCUGCCUACAAUGACUUCUAUUCAGCCAGCAUGGGAAACAAUAUAGUGUGGGGAGUUAAACUUCUAGGUCGCACCCUAUGGUGUUAUCCCGUAGCGACGCGGGGGUUAUCCCGUAGCGACGCGGGGGUUAUCCCGUAGCGACGCGGGGGUUAUCCCGUAGCGACGCGGGGGUUAUCCCGUAGCGACGCGGGGGUUAUCCCGUAGCGACGCGGGGGUUAUCCCGUAGCGACGCGGGGGUUAUCCCGUGCACUAACAAUGUAAAGCUCCAUCCUGUCUGACAUACAGGGCAGUGUACAGUAUGAGUGGUGUGUGUGUUGUGUUGUGUGUGUGUGUGUGUGUGUGUGUGUGUGUGUGUGUGUGUGUGUGUGUGUGUGUGUGGUAUGUAUAUGAGUGGUGUGUGUGUGUGUGUGUGGUUAUGGUGGUGUGGGGUUAUAUAUGAGUGGUGUGUGUGUGUGUGUGUGUAUAUGAGUGGUGUGUGUGUGUGUGUGUGUGUGUAUAUGAGGUGUGUGUGUGUGUAUAUGAGUGGUGUGUGUGUGUGUGUAUAUGAGUAGUGUGUAUGGGUGCCAUGAUGAAGAGCUAAUUGCUCAUUUGUGCUAAAUGAGAUUUUCUGUUAAAUAUAGUUUGUGAUUAAUCCAAGACCUUGUUAAUGGGGUAUCUGCUUCCGUUUGUGUGUGGUGGUUUUUAAUAAGUUGUCUGCUUCCUCUUAAUCUCUGUCAGGUUCCUCCUUUACUAGCUCUAAUUAGAAAACGUCAUAAUGAUCCUCUCGUUCGUCUCUAAUUCUCUCUCCUUCCUCACAGCUCAGUCAGAUGCUGGGGAAUGACAUCAAGUAUCAGGUGCGAGAGCCUGUUGGUCUAAGGUGAGAGAACACACCAGAGAAUUGGUGAUCUAAUUUUACUGUUAGAUGAUCCAUCUAUUUUAAUUGCAGUUGGGUAAAUCAGUCUCUUAUCUAAUUUUCUCUCUGUCUCUCUCUCUCUCUCUUUACAGGGUCUGGAUCCUCAUCUCUGCAGUAGCCUUCACAGUCAUGGCCUUGAUGGUGAGUCUCUUGACGACCUGUGUUCGAGCCACGCUCAGACUUCUGCAAUGAUGAUUCUUAUGUAUAGAGUCAUAUUGGCCAUUUAGAACUUUUAGGAGCGGUUUAGAACUAUAGGUGAGACUCAGAAUUCAUGGUUACAUUACAGUUUUGAAAACAUAGCAGGUCCAAAAAAAUGUAAGGGUAAGUUAUGCCGCCUACAAAUGUCCUGUACUGAAUGAAAUAUUACCAGUACCUUUUUAAAAACCAUGUCUAUCUUUAUUUCCCAAACACAGUUCAUCACAAUCGCAAUUUUUGACUUUUAAUCAUUUUAAGCAUAUUUUAACACAGGCUUAACGCCUAACAAACACUUUUGUACUUUUUUAAACACUUUUAACAUAGGCCAGGCCCUGUUGAUACUUCAUAUCCCAGAGAUAAUGACUUGAGUUACGCCUGGGAAGAAAACACUUACGUUUGCUCAACUUGACGUUGGCUCAACCAUUGGCUCAACUUACCCCCAAGGCAAACAUUUUGACUAUAUUAGCCCACACAGCUACAAGGAUGUACUUUCAUGCUAAGGUUUAUGACCUCAUAUUGAAUCUUAUAGAAACCCCAACUGAUGUAUAGCACAAUCUUUAAAUGAUCUACUUUGGCUUAGAUACAACCAUCAUGAAACCGCUACCACAAUAAAUUAUACUUUAUUUAAAAUGUUUUUUUUUUUAUGGACCCAACUUGCUUACCACUUUUUCUAUGUGGUUUCUUCCUAUACAGACUAUUUGGUCAAAUUAUUAAUUUUGUGUAUGGUUUCCCUAGAAACAAGGGUGGUUCAACUUACCCCUUUGGCUCAACUUACCCCACUCUCCCCUACUGUACCACCACAAAGACACAAACACUUUCACUAGGGUUAGUGAGAACUCUUUCUCUCUAUAGUGAACAGAGUCCAAUACAGUAGAGUCUGUCCUCACUACAUUAUCUCUAUGGGACAUCACUGCACUAUCUCUAUGGGACAUCACUACACUAUCUCUAUGGGACAUCACUGCACUAUCUCUAUGGGACAUCACUGCACUAUCUCUAUGGGACAUCACUACACUAUCUCUAUGGGACAUCACUACACUAUCUCUAUGGGACAUCACUACACUAUCUCUAUGGGACAUCACUACACUAUCUCUAUGGGACAUCACUACACUAUCUCUAUGGGACAUCACUGCACUAUCUCAGUGGGACAUCACUGCACUAUCUCAGUGGGACAUCACUGCACUAUCUCAGUGGGACAUCACUGCACUAUCUCAGUGGGACAUCACUGCACUAUCUCAGUGGGACAUCACUGCACUAUCUCAGUGGGACAUCACUGCACUAUCUCAGUGGGACAUCACUGCACUAUCUCAGUGGGACAUCACUGCACUAUCUCAGUGGGACAUCACUGCACUAUCUCAGUGGGACAUCACUGCACUAUCUCAGUGGGACAUCACUGCACUAUCUCAGUGGGACAUCACUGCACUAUCUCAGUGGGACAUCACUGCACUAUCUCAGUGGGACAUCACUGCACUAUCUCAGUGGGACAUCACUGCACUAUCUCAGUGGGACAUCACUGCACUAUCUCAGUGGGACAUCACUGCACUAUCUCAGUGGGACAUCACUGCACUAUCUCAGUGGGACAUCACUGCACUAUCUCAGUGGGACAUCACUGCACUAUCUCAGUGGGACAUCACUGCACUAUCUCAGUGGGACAUCACUGCACUAUCUCAGUGGGACAUCACUGCACUAUCUCAGUGGGACAUCACUGCACUAUCUCAGUGGGACAUCACUGCACUAUCUCAGUGGGACAUCACUGCACUAUCUCAGUGGGACAUCACUGCACUAUCUCAGUGGGACAUCACUGCACUAUCUCAGUGGGACAUCACUGCACUAUCUCAGUGGGACAUCACUACACUAUCUCUUUAAAAAGGUAGUAGUAAUAUUUCAUUCAGAAGCACUGACUGUAUUUAGAGAGGACCUGACUGUAUUUAGAGAGGACCUGACUGUAUUUAGAGAGGACCUGCCCCCCCCCCCCCCACUAUAGUGCAUGCUGUGUAGUAUAUAAGUGUUGUUGUCUCCUUCCUCUGCAGGCCCUGGUGUUUCCCAACCAGCUUUAUGAGGUGGUGUUUGAAGAAGAGAUCAACAACCCCAGCAUCUCCAUCAGGCUCUAUGGAGGAGCGCUGCUCAGUGAGCACACACACACACACACACACACACACACACAUACAUACAUACACAUACACAUUAAUACACAUUCACAUACACAUACACACAUACACACACACAUACAUACAUACUGUACGCACACACUGCUCCUUCCUUGGGAUGUCAUCUGCAUAUGGUACAUAUACACUGUAACACAAAGUCACACCCUCCCUCCCUCCCUCCCUCCCUUGUGAUGUUCUCUAUUCAUGCCACUAUAUUAGUGUCAUCUCUGUCCCUCCCACAUGUCCCUGUAUUUGGAUGCUUCAUGCAUCAUCUAUCGAGGCCUUCAGGAGCAUCUGUCAACAAAUUCUCCCUUCUGACAUCUCCCCGUUGCCCUCUGACCUCUGUCCUCCAUGCCACAGAAAUUGGAUUGGAGAUGAUAAUUGAUUAUUACAAUGGCAUUAAUUUGAAACAUGCCAGUCAGGUGUGGUGAGUCAGUCAGUCAUUUAAUGUUGGGUUGGCGGUGGUCCUGUUCAGUCCUGGGUUCAAAUAGUAUUUGUUUUCUUUCAAAUACUUUAGCUGUGAAUAAUUGAGCUUGCCUGGCACCGUAUAACUAAUGGAAUUGUCUCAAAAGUGAAUCUAGGUCUGUUUCUCUUAAAAGGUUGAGGUGACUGUGACUACAUAGACAGAAGGAGGGAGAGAGAGAUCGCUAAGAUUUACACAACAAGUCUACUGUGAGAUGAACAUAAAUCUCACUGUUGGAACCUGGGAAUACUAAGGUCAUUAUGGACAAAUAUUGAAGUUAACCUGGGAAUACUAAGAUCGUUAUGGAGAGCUCUCUCUAGGAGGCCCACAACCCAAUCUCCCAUGGCAAAAAGUGUAGAAUUGCAGUAAAUUAGACACCCUGGAGGUCGGGACCCCAAAUGCGGUAGUCCGUCCCUGGACCUGACUAUCUAGAUUAUGGGUGAUAACAUUAUGAUUUGAGCCCAGAAAUUAGGUUUUUGUAGAUAGCUUAUGUAGACACACAAGUAUUAGGAAGAAUGCCCAGUGAAGGAAGAUGGGGUACAUUUUUGUGGAGUUCCUACAGCUUUAUUUACAUUUGGAAUAGGAAUGUCUCCAUACCAUUGGCCCCUCUCCUGUGACCUCUUUGACCCCUAACCUCUGACCCCAUGGUGUUUCCUCCCACUGUUCUGUCCCUCAUCUUGUGGAAUGGGCUGUACACACAAGAGAAGGUCAUCAUUCAAUGGACUAAACUAUAACCUAUGACCUCUGACCCCUCCAGGUCUGUCCCUCAUCUUGUGGAAUGGAGUGUAUACGCAAGAGAAGGUCAUCAUUCAAUGGACUCUGCUCAGUGAAGCAUGCUACUUUUCUGUCCAGUUUUUAGGUGAGAUCACAUCUUCCUUCAUAUUGGUAUUUAAUAUAUCAGUUCAUGGUUAUGCUGCACACCUAUUACAGACGUGGCCAAAAAUAUUGCCACCCUUGCACUUUUUUUCAAAUAAUGCACAAUAUCUUCCAUAAAACUGUUGAAAUUCAAAAAUAUUUUGGUAUCCACAUAUGUACAGUGAGGGAAAAAAGUAUUUGAUCCCCUGCUGAUUUUGUACGUUUGCCCACUGACAAAGACAUGAUCAGUCUAUAAUUUUAAUGGUAGGUUUAUUUGAACAGUGAGAGACAGAAUAACAACAACAAAAAUCCAGAAAAACGCAUGUAAAACAUGUUAUAAAUUGAUUUGCAUUUUAAUGAGGGAAAUAAGUAUUUGACCCCUCUGCAAAACAUGACUUAGUACUUGGUGGCAAAACCCUUGUUGGCAAUCACCGAAGUCAGACGUUUCUUGUAGUUGGCCACCAGGUUUGCACACAUCUCAGGAGGGAUUUUGUCCCACUCCUCUUUGCAGACCUUCUCCAAGUCAUUAAGGUUUCGAGGCUGACGUUUGGCAACUUGAACCUUCAGCUCCCUCCACAGAUUUUCUAUGGGAUUAAGGUCUGAGACUGGCUAGGCCACUCCAGGACCUUAAUGUGCUUCUUCUUGAGCCACUCCUUUGUUGCCUUGGCCGUGUGUUUUGGGUCAUUGUCAUGCUGGAAUACCCAUCCACGACCCAUUUUCAAUGCCCUGGCUGAGGGAAGGAGGUUCUCACCCAAGAUUUGACGGUACAUGGCCCGUCCAUCGUCCCUUUGAUGCGGUGAAGUUGUCCUGUCCCCUUAGCAGAAAAACACCCCCAAAGCAUAAUGUUUCCACCUCCAUGUUUGACGGUGGGGAUGGUGUUCUUGGGGUCAUAGGCAGCAUUCCUCCUCCUCCAAACACGGUGAGUUGAGUUGAUGCCAAAGAGCUCGAUUUUGGUCUCAUCUGACCACACUUUCACCCAAUUCUCCUCUGAAUCAUUCAGAUGUUCAUUGGCAAACUUCAGACGGGCAUGUAUAUGUGCUUUCUUGAGCAGGGGGACCUUGCGGGCGCUGCAGGAUUUCAGUCCUUCACGGCGUAGUGUGUCACCAAUUGUUUUCUUGGUGACUAUGGUCCCAGCUGCCUUGAGAUCAUUGACAAGAUCCUCCCGUGUAGUUCUGGGCUGAUUCCUCACCGUUCUCAUGAUCAUUGCAACUCCACGAGGUGAGAUCUUGCAUGGAGCCCCAGGCCGAGGGAGAUUGACAGUUCUUUUGUGUUUCUUCCAUUUGCGAAUAAUCGCACCAACUGUUGUCACCUUCUCACCAAGCUGCUUGGCGAUGGUCUUGUAGCCCAUUCCAGCCUUGUGUAGGUCUACAAUCUUGUCCCUGACAUCCUUGGAGAGCUCUUUGGUCUUGGCCAUGGUGGAGAGUUUGGAAUCUGAUUGAUUGAUUGCUUCUGUGGACAGGUAUCUUUUAUACUGGUAACAAGCUGAGAUUAGGAGCACUCCCUUUAAGAGUGUGCUCCUAAUCUCAGCUCGUUACCUGUAUAAAAGACACCUGGGGUCCAGAAAUCUUUCUGAUUGAGAGGGGGUCAAAUACUUAUUUCCCUCAUUAAAAUGCAAAUCAAUUUAUAAAAAUGUUGACAUGCGUUCUUCUGGAUUUUUUUGUUGUUAUUCUGUCUCUCAGAAUAAUGUUUUUGUUGUUAUUCUGUCUCUGAAUAAUUUAACUGAAUCUUAGCUUAUUCCACAAAGUAAUCGUAAAAUGGCCAGGACAAUAUUAUUGGCACCUUCUAGAAGUAGUUAGAAAUAAUUUGAUUUCAAGCAGGUGAUUCUCCUUUUACUUUGGAAUUGAACUCACCUGUGCUGAGUUGCAGGUGCCUGCAAUAUAAAAAUCCCUCAUUCAACCAGUUCGAAUAGAGAAAAGGAGUCAUUCUGCUGUUUUGUGUCACUGUGUGUCCCACAAUGAGCAUGGGGAAAAGAAAGAAAACCAGAGAAUUAUCUGAAGAGGUCAGACACAAGAUUGUAGCCAAGUAUGGACAAUCUCAAGGCUACAAGUCCAUCUUCAGAGACCUUGAUCUUCCUGUUUCCACCGUACGUAAUGUUAUAAAGACGUUUAAGGCCCAUGCCACUGUAGCCAACCACCCUGGACGUGGCCGCAAGAGAACUUGAUGGAGCGGAGGAUUGUUCGAAAUGGUGGAGAAAGCACCUCGAUCAACUGCCUCACAGAUUCAAGCUAACCUUCAGACACAAGGUACGACAGUUUCAACUCACACCAUCCGUCGCCAACUCAAUGAAAGGGGGAUAAAUGGUAGGAGACCCAGGAGGACCCCACUGCUGAGAGAGAGAGACAUGAGAGAGCCCGACUGCAAUUUGACAAAACACACCUGAACAUGCCAACAUCCUUCUGAGAGAAUGUCCUGUGGACAGAUGAGACCAAAUUGGUGCUUUUUGGUUAAGCACACUUAUCUCUGUUUACAGAAAACAAAAUGAAGCCUUCAAAGAAAACAACACCUUCCCCACAUUCAAACAUGGCAGCGGUUCAGUGAUGUCUGCAUGGCAUCAUGAAAUCAGGAGAAUACCAAGGCAUUUUGGUGUGCAGUGUCAGACCGAGUGUCGGAAAGCUGGGUCUCCGUUGAAGGUCAUGGGUCUUCCAGCAGGACAAUGACCCCAAACACACUUCAAAAAGCACCCAGAAAUGGUUCAAGACAAAAUCCUGGACUGUUCUGAAGUGGCCAGCAAUGAGUCCAGAUCUAAAUCCCAUUAAAAACGUGGAGAGAUCUGAAAACAGCAGUUGGGAGAAGGAACCCUUAAAAUCUGGGAGAACUGGUGCGGUUUAUACAAGAGGAGUGGGCCAAACUGCCAGUACAGAGGUGCAGGAAGCUCAUCGAUGGCUAUAGGAAGCGCUUGAUUGCAGUUAUUUUGACCAAAGGAUGUGCUACCAAAUAUUAAGUCUGGGGUGUCAAUACUUUUAUCAAUGCCAUUUCUGUUUAUUUUCUGAUUUAAAUGGAUAUAGUAAGUUCUGAAUUAAAAACAAAGGUUCUGUGAUAUUAAAAGUGAAAAAAAGAAUUGUGGAGACCAAAUACUUUGGUCAAUUUCAACGUAUUUUUAGGGAACAUUGUGAGUUACUUGAAAAAACUGCAAGGGUGGCAAUAUUUUUGGCCACGACUGUAUAUAUUAUUAUUCAAUGAACCUUACUGCUGUAUUUAAGGGCCCCGUGUAGCUCAGUUGGUAGAGCAUGGCGCUUGCAACACCAGGGUUGUGGGUUCGAUUCGCACGGGGAAAAAAUAAAUAAAUGUAUGCACUAAUUGUAAGUCGCUCUGGAUAAGAGCGUCUGCUAAAUGACUAAAAUGUAAAUGUAUUUCAUGCUAUCCAAUCUGCCCACCAUCUUGAUUGUGGAUGCGCUACCAGCUCCCUCUAGUGUUUGAGAUGCAGUAGUACAGUUUGGAGUCUGGAUCAGCUGCCAGUGUUGAAAAGUCUCAUCACUCUUCAUUGUUAUUAAAGAUGAGGGAUUAUAUCUCCAUGACUGAGUGUCGUCCAUUAUCAAUCAAUCAAUCAAUCAUCAGUCAGUCAGUCAGUCUCUUUAUGGGGGAGGGGGAGAGGGAGAGGGAUUGAGAGAGGGAUGAGAGAGAGAGAGAGAGAGAGAGAGAGAGCGAGAGAUUGAGAGAGAGCGAGGGAGGCAGAGAGACAGGGUGGGACGACCCAAUACAUAUGUUUUACUGUUGUCUCAACCCUGUCUUGUUCCAGUGACGUCGGUCACCCUGGUGGAGAUGGGCUCGUUGCCCAACGCUGCCAUCCUCCUCCUCCUCAGCCGGGUGCUCUUCCUCCUGGUCACUCUGUUCUACUACUAUCACCUGGGGAGGGGACGACCCAAGAAGAUC